CAUCUCUCCUUGUCUUCUCAGUCCCUCCUUAUGUUGGUCCUCAAUAACACCAAUCCUCAGACUCUGACCUUCUUUCUGACGGGUAUCCCAGGCCUGAGAACAGCCCAGGUCUGGAUUUCCAUCCCUUUCUGUCUCCUGUAUGGCAUCGCCCUCACUGGAAACAGCAUGAUCCUCUUUGUGGUCCUUCGUGAGCAAAGUCUCCAUGAGCCUAUGUAUUAUUUCCUCUCUAUGCUUUCAGCCACAGAUUUGAGCUUGUGCCUGUGCACACUUUCGACUACCCUGGGCGUCUUCUGGUUUGAAGCGAAAAAGAUCAACUUAAAUGCCUGCAUUGCCCAGAUGUUCUUCUUGCAUGGAUUUACUUUUAUGGAGUCUGGGGUUCUACUGGCCAUGGCUUUUGAUCGUUUUGUGGCCAUCUGUAACCCACUGAGGUACACCACCAUACUUACCAAUGCCAGAAUCACUCAGAUUGGUGUUAGCAUGUUGAUAAGAAAUGUUGCUGUCAUGCUGCCAGUUGUGCUUUUCGUCAAGAGGUUGUCCUUCUGCAGAUCAUUGGUCCUUUCACAUUCUUACUGUUACCAUGUUGAUCUCAUUCAACUCUCAUGUACAGAUAACAGAAUCAAUAGCAUUCUUGGCCUGUUUGCACUCUUCUCCACAACAGGGUUUGACUGUCCUUGCAUAUUGAUCUCCUAUGUCUUCAUUAUUCGUUCUGUCUUUGGCAUUGCCUCCUCAGAGGGACGGCAAAAAGCCUUCAACACCUGCAUAUCUCAUAUCAGUGCUGUUGCUAUCUUCUACAUUCCUCUCAUCAGCUUGUCUCUUGUACAUCGCUAUGGCCAUUCGGCACCUGUAUUUGUACACACCAUUAUGGCAAAUGUGUUCUUGCUCAUCCCUCCUGUGCUAAAUCCUAUAAUCUAUAGUAUGAAGACUAAGCAGAUUCGAUAUGCAAUUGUCAAGGUUUUAAUGCAGAAGCCGACCCAGUUCUAA